AUGGCAAGCCCGGGACCUGUGCACCGGGAUGUUAUCACUUUUCAGCCGAGCGGCAACGAGCAGGGUGCUGUUGGAGUGAUCGGCGGCUUCCCGUGUCAGGGAGUGAGCCAGGCUGGCUACGAGCUGGGUCUUGACGACCCUCGGAGUAGCCUCCUGACCCAUUGCUUUCGCAUCUUUGAUACUUUGGCCAAACCGACCUUCUUGCUUCUCGAAAACGUAGGGAAUCUUCGGUCCAAAGCCCUGAGCGAAGUCUUUGCUUUCGUCGUGAAGGAAUGCCAGAAGAGGAACAUGGAUCUGAAAUGGGCGACGGUCACGGGGAAGCAGUGUGGGCUUCAUGCCUGGAUCUCGGCAAUGCUCUUUGAGAUGCAUCGAGAGCGCAUCUUCCUCUAUAUGUACAAGCCUGGCUGCGCUCUUUUCCGGAAUGGCCGGCCCCUGCAUGAGAUGAGACCCUGCGAUAUGAUCAAUGACGCCUUGCAGCCCUGGUUGAAGUUGAUCCAGCCUCCUGUGACCAGAUGGCUCAGCCGGACACAGGAUGCCGAAGAGAAGAAGCGAUUGGAGGCCCUUGGAAAUGCGGUUGUCCCGCAAUGUGCUCGCCUCGCUAUUCAUCUGAUCAAGCAAGGCAUUAAGAUUGAGUGA